ACAUCAGUAGUAUAUGUAGCAUCUCUCCAUAAUGGAACAUCCGAGUUGGUUGGUUCAUCUUACCCGAUUCAAACUAAAACGGUUUCGGAUUUUAUGUCGUGCGUGCGCCCGCGUAUCCUACCCGAUUUUGACCGUUGAUUCACUCCCGCAUUAAAUUCCCAUCUCACCACAACAGCUCUCACUCGCUCACCCUGCUUUUUAAAUACCCCGAUAAUAAAUCCGAAACCACGAGAAGAGAAAAGGAAAAAAAGAAAAGAAAAUUCCAAUUGCGGAGGCUUCUUCUAAAAGUCCUAAACAAUUCGACUCUCCAUUCUCCCUCCGAUCGACGACGAGGAGGCGCGAGAACCUUUUGAAACCCUAACCCUAGUUCCGUGUCUCCUUCGUUCAUGGCGGAAGGGGGAGAGCAGGGGCGGCGGCGGCGGUUGCGGCGGAGGCGAUGACGACGAGGUGCAAGAUCCACCACGGCGGCGGCGGCGGCGGCGGCGGCGUGUGCGCGCCGUGCCUCCGCGAGCGGCUCCUCGCCCUCUCCGCGGCGCAGAACGAGGCCUCCCCGGGCCACCACCGCGAUCCCCUCGGCCCUCUUCCUCCUCUAGAUCCUUCUCCUCUCGCGCUCCCCCGAUCCGUCUCCCCCUACGUUCCCCGCCGCCGCUCCGACGCCCCGCGCCGGAACCCUAGCUUCCUCUUCUUCAGGUCGCCCCAGGUCGGCCCCUCGGGCGUCGGGGACGACGGGGGUUUGUGGAUCGGGGAGCGGGAGAAGAGUGGAAAGGGGAUCGGCGGUGUCAAGUUCUCGAUACUCUCGACCCUCUUCGGCCACUCCGGAUCCUCCGCGGAGAGCACCUCCAAGCUCUCGCGAUCGAGGUCGAAAUCGUGGCUCUCCGCGCUCGUCCACGUCGCUCGCCGGAAGAAGCCACCGGAGACGGGGUCCCCGGCGCCGGGGAGGGCGAGGCGAUCCCUCCCCGUAAGGGAUCGGGGGAUGUCCCCGGAGGAGGAAGAGGAGGACGACGACUGCGGCGACGGCGAGAGCGGGUGCUCGAGGGAGUCGCCGUGGCUCCACCCGACCCCGUCGCCGAUGCGGCGCGGGCCACGCCACCGCCGCGGCGGCGUCGGCGGCGGCGGAGGGGUCUCGGGGUUCGCGGUGUGCCUGAGCCCCCUGAUGAGGCCGAGCCCCGGCGGCCGCCGCCGCAGCCGCCGGAGCCGCGCCGCGGACCUGGACUUCUCCGGCGACCUCCGCUGCAGCGCGACGUCGCAGCCGCCCCGAUGCCACGGCGGCGCCGACGCUCUCGGCCACUGCCGUUCCAGGAAGCUCGGGGAGUUCGGUAGAUUCCGUUGACGCUUUUGCCCCUCAUCUUCGCGUGUUGUUACUGCGCUUUGCCAUUUGGUUUUUUUUUUUUUUUUUUUUUUUUUUUUU